AUGUCGGGGGGAAGACGCGCGUUGACCGCCAUGGUCCCGUCCCUCUCGGACAAGUUCAAGUCGGCCGAUUCAGACCUUCGAAUCAUGGCUCUUGUGGACCUGAACAAAGAGCUCCAGCACAUCCUGAACGAGAAACCGGUGGCCAAGACCGCCUCCCGCACCCAGGACCCUUCCUACACUGAUGAAACUGCUGAGAAGAUCCUGACGGAGAUGGUUCUUGGUCUGCUUGGGGACUCGAACGCUGAGGUUAAAAACGCCGCCGCUGCCUGCAUGUCACGGAAAGCCCGGCCAAACUACCUGCGCCAGAUUGUCGCCAACGUCACUGAGGGCAUUGGGAGCCCCGGACUGAAGGUCGACGAGGAGAGUCGUGACAUCUGCUGCCUUGCGAACCGUCAGCUGGCUUCAGAGCUGCUGCAAAUCCUCGCGGACAUCUACGCCCGCUUCGGAAACGCUAUUGCUUCCAACGCCAAGCUCCAGGACCUGUCGCUGAGCUGCUUCCUCGAGGUCAUGUCAUCGGCGCCACUGUCCGUCCGCAAGCGCGCCGUUCCUGCUCUCGCGUCGUUCAUUUCUAUCUGUCCUCAGCACUUCCAGAGUCUGAAGUCUGAGAUGUCGCAGGGCUUCAGUGCUGGCGGCGACACUGCGAAGGCUUGGGUUGCAGCGGUGGCGGGUAUUGCCAAGACCUCAGCUGCAGGUGAUGUGGGCGCACUGAUUGCCAACGACAACCUUGUCGACGUGAUUCUGAAACAGGCGGACGACCUGGAGGAUGCUGACGCUGUCGAGGGCGCUCUGACCACGCUGGCUCUUCACUGCCCAUCUGAGCUUUCACCUUCUGUGCCCAAGAUUGUCGAGCGUGCGCUGCAACUUGUGAAGUACGACCCGACCCGACGAUCUGCCGCCAAGCUGUUGACAGCUAUCAUUAGCACUCGCCUGGACCUCCUUCAGGACCUCUACAAGACUGCUGCCCCUAUCCUGGUUGCGCGGUUUGCCGAGCGCGAGGAGUCGGUCCGUCUCGAGGUUAUUGCCGCGUUCAACGCCCUGCUGCAGCAGACCGCCAACGCUCGGUCGGCGGACCUUGCUGCUUCGGGACGCAACAAGCGCAAGCGCAGUGAGGGCAUGGACGAGGACUCGAGCCCGGAUAGCAUCACUGCUGCUCUCCUGACGAUGAGGUCCCAAAUCGUGAAGGCGAUUCUGAAGCAGACCGCUGCCAAGACGGUCGCCACGCGCCAGGAGAGCUUCGUCCUGCUGCGGCGGAUCGUUGAGGCUCUCGACGGCGGCCUGGAGUCUGAGGCGGACACGCUCUGCCAGGCGGCGAAGGGUGCCCUGCGUUCGUCGGACAGCACGACGCCGUCGCUCACCAUCGCCGUUCUGACUUUCCUUGCCGCUUUCUUCAAUCACCACGUUGCACGCAGCUAUGCCGAACACCUCUCCGAGCUGACUACUGCCAUCACGCGGUGCAUGAAGGACAAGCUGCAGCGUGUAAACUUUGAGGCGUUCGCCACGGCUUCGGCUCUCGCCCAGUCUCUCCGGCCAGUUCACCCCGGCUUCCGUGCUGGUUCGGGAUCGGCUUCGCCUCUGCGCCAGGGAUAUGACGGACCUGUUCGCCAGCUGUUCCAGGCGACGGCCGAGGUGCUGGGAGCGACAUCCGUGGAUGGUGAUGUGCGUGAGAGGGCCCUGAUCACUAUGGGUGACCUUCUUGUUCACGAGGGUGACGCUCUGUCCCAGGAGCUCUCGUCUGCUCUGGAGCUCAUCAAGACUCGUCUCUCGAACGAGAGCACCGCGUCCACCGCCACGGUCGUCAUCGGACGUCUUGCUGAAUCCCCUCUCGUCAGCGGCCCUGUCUUUGAUGCCUGGCUGCUCGAGGUCCUGCAGGAGAUUGUCGUCUCGAUUCGCCGCAACAAGCGCUCCGCUUCCAAGGCGGCCGAGUUCACGACUCUCGAGCGCAUUCUGAAGCGUGUUGGCAACGCCCUUCCCGCCGAGGUCGCCGAUGGCAUCAUCCUCGAACUUCAACCCUUCAUCGACACGCCGGCCGCGCUUCGUGUCGUUGCUCUCGUCCUCCAGGACCAGCCUGCCAGCCGCACCUCAGUUGAGCAGAACAUCCUCCCCGAGGUGCUCAACGUCAUUCGCAACUCUGCCACGGCUACUCUGAUCGACGAGCUGCCCUCCUUCUUCUCCACCUACGUUGCCGGUGACCCCGAGUCAGCGCUCCGCCUCGUCCCGACGCUGGUCAUGAACGUCACAAAGGGCAGCAGCGCCGACUCGACCCUCAGCCGUUCGGUCGCCUUCCAGACGACAGCCAAGUGCAUUGGUGCCGUGGUCGCAACCAGCCAGCGUAACACGUCUGGCAUCCUCGCCACGUUCCAGAAGACGCUCGAGUCCAAGUCGGCUUCCACGCCCGAGCUGUACCUGGCCCUUCUCUCUAUCGGCGAGAUUGGCCGCGAGGAGGACCUCUGCGGCAACGGUACGCUGUUCGCCGACGUGCUCAAGUUCUUCAACAAUGAGAGCGAGGAGGUCCGCACGGCUGCAGCAUUCGCCGCUGGUAACAUGGCUGCCGGCUCGCCCGAGACGUUGCUCCCGCAGCUCAUUCAGCAGAUCCAGAACGCCAAGGACGAGGCUGGUCGCUCGCUCCUGCUCUACGCGCUCAAGGAGGUCAUUCUCAACUCUUCGCCCGCCGAGCUCGAGAAGCUGACCGACAUUCUUUGGGGCCCUCUCUUCGGCGAUGUGGCCGCCAGCAACGCGGCCGCCGCCGUCAGCGACGAUGGUAUUAGGAACAUCAAGGCGGCGUGCAUUGGCAAACUGACCGCCGUUACGCCCGGACGGUUCAUCCCGCAGCUGCAGACGAUGCUGCAGUCUACCCCUCAACAGCGCGCCCUCGUCGCUGCGUCUAUCCGGUACACGCUCAUCGACUCGAGCAGUGCGUCGAACGAGAUCAUUGCGCCCAUUGUGAAUGACUGUCUGACCUUGAUGGCGGACGAGGAUCUUGUCGUCCGCCGCCUGGCUGUUGCAGCGCUCAAUGCUGCGGCUCAGAACAAGCCGUACCUCGUCAUCGACAAGCUGGGCCAGCUGCAGCCCUACCUUUACCGUGAGACGGAGAUCAAGCCGGAGCUGCAGCGCGAGGUGCAGAUGGGACCCUUCAAGGUGAUCGAGGACGACGGACUGGAGAACCGCAAGACCGCCUACGAGGCCAUGUACACGAUGCUCGCGAGCUGCUUCAACAAGAUUGACGUGCCCGCGUUCACCGAGCGUGUCAUGGCCGCCUUGCGGGAUGUCAACGAAAUUAAGAGCCUCGGACUCAUGCUCCUCCUUCGUCUCGCGAACCUGGCCCCCGCCGCCGUCAUUCCCAAGCUCGACGAGGCCGCCGAGUCGCUCAAGACUAUCAUGAAGGACCUCGAAGUCAAGGAUGACACCAUCAAGCAGGACCUCGAGCGCAAAGAGGAGAUGCAGCGCUCGACGCUCCGCACCGCCAUUCCGCUGUACAACAUGAGCACGCCCGCGCAGGCGCCCGUGUUCCACCAGUUUGUCGGCGGACUCCUCAAGAUGGACCAGUGGAAGGAGUUCCGCGACUACCAGACCUAA